UGUUGGUGGAAAGUUGCAUCCUCGUGUUGAAGUGAGAGCGGAGAGCGAAGGGAGAGCCAGACAGAUUUUCCUCGAAGGGGUGCCGAUGGCAGGCCGACGACGACGACGGAAUCCUGCGAGCCGGAAAAGCUGCCAGGAUCAGUGCGAUUCCUGCCGUUGAUGGUGUCGGACCGGUUUGUUCCGAGAGGGGAACUUUUCCGCGCGGAUUUUCGUCUGGCAUUUCCGGAGUGUGUGCGUCGAGAAGGAAGAAGAAAUCUCGCGUAUGUUUGGGUUCGGUUGUUUCGGUUGACCCGGUUCCUCCUACACCCCCGCCGUGUGUGAGAGUCUGCUGCAGCAGGUCGAUGCUGAAAGCCGGAAAGGUGCUGGUGCUUUCCGGAGUGUCCGGCAGUCGAUGACAGUCCAGCUGUACGGCAGAGGAAUUUUCAAUUCGGGAAAAUUUCGGGUGGGCAGCAGAAAAAAUCGGCAAGGAAUUAAACUGCCAUUAAAGUGAAAGAAUUUCGGGGUUGGAAUUUUGGUCCUUUGGACGGUGUGCAAGGUGUUAUUGUACCACAAGGGAAGUAGUGGUACACAAGGUGGAGAAGUGGUUCAGCUGUAGCAGCACAAGGAUGUUCGUGCUCAAGUAGGAGUCCUGUUUCGCUUGUUGUGGACGACCCGGAGAGUGUGGUCGAAGAGGAGAAGAUUUUCAGACCGAGCAGAAAUUGAAAUUGAAACCUGCCAGCUGCUCCUGGAGAGUCCUGCAAGGACGAAGCAAAAACAAGUGGAGAAAAAAUAAUCAAAAAUAAUCGAAUUAAAAAUAUCGCAGUGUUUGUGUAGGCUAUUAGUGCACCUGUGCAAUAUCGCUAGAUCCUGUGUGUUUUUUCGAGUGUGAGUGUCUGUAUAUUCUAUUCACCAGCAAUCUUUAUCACCAUCUAAGCAUUAUCGUAACCAUUAUCGUAACCGUUAUCCAUCGCAUUACCGUAACGUAAGUGUGUGCUGAGCAAAAUAUUCACCCGUGAGCUAUUUGUGCAUUUUACUCAAAAAUAUUUAAAGGAAGAAGCUUACCAAUAUCACAUAACCAAAAAAAAAAGAAAAUAAUCAAAAUUAGAAUUAAGGUGCUUCAAGCAAGUGUGCAAUAUCUCCUUAAGCAAAACAGUGCAAUACAGAAAAAAAAAUUAAACCGUGCAACGUGAGUGUUUAAAGAGAUCCUGCAAGUCCUGGAGCCACUAGCAGCUCAUUAAUCAUCUCGCCUGAAAAGCAGAGUUUAAGGCCACGCACAAGUGAACACGCUGAUCUGUUCGCGAGCAAGGAAUAGCAAAAGACAUAACCCCACAGCAACAAAAUGGCCGACCAGCAACAGCAACCCCCGAUCACAACCGCGCCCCGGCGCUGCAACGAACACCCCGCCCUAGCUGCCGCGGCCCUGCUCGGCCACCACGGUGGCUCAGAAUCGUGCAAAAACUCCCCAAACGUGCCGCGCCGAAUGGAGGGCGUCCAUCACAGUCUGCUCGAGAGCCACAGCGCGGCCAACUCACCGCUGCCAAACCGGCGGCUGGACAAGCUACAGGGCGUGAUUCGGGACAACAAGACACCGCUGUGCGGUCGCCGGGGCUUCGACGAGGUUGACUAUGCCGAUUCUCCCAUUGUUUCGAGAAAGUUCCAGCAACAGGAUUGCGCCUGCGGCGCUGGUGGUCAAAAGUUGUUUCGGGCAGCGACCCACGAGGGUCCGGCGCCGGCGGGGAGUCCGUUGAUGGCCAUGCGGAAGAGGGGCGAAUCGGACUGCAGCGGGUGCAUGCGGAAGAACAUCAUCCGAAAUCAGUUCAGUGCAAGUGUCAUGAAGAGUAGUGCUAUUGAGUGUGGUGGCAGCAGUGUUGCCAGUUCGUGUGAAAACACGCCGUUGUUGCGGCGGAGGGAUCCGUUUCCGCAGGGGUCUCCGGCCAAGAGUGUACUCGGUGAGCCGGGGGUGUUCAGUUCGCCGGUUCACACCGGGAAGAUUCCGCUGGACCAUCACCAUGGCGGAUUUGGGUUUCCGGGCAGUCCGGCGAAGAGUGUUCUGGGAGAACCGGGAGUGUUUAGUUCGCCGGCGAGAAGUCUGUGCAGUCCUACUGGAGGCGAAGAGCUGGGAGAUCCCAGCGGUGGGGACGCAGUGCUGCCGAACGAUCAGACUAUCGUGUCCGGGUGGCUCAAGUUCCGGGACAAUAAGAAGUGGAAAAUUCGAUGGGGAGUGGUCACGAAGUUAUCACCAGCAGCAGACUGUCUGCACCUGCAGCUGUACCGCGACUCCAAGGAUCGCUACAAAAAUGGCCAAACCAAGGCGUCCCUCUCCCUGCAGCACUUCCUGGGCGUCGAGUCCGGCUUCACGCUGGACAAGGAGUCCAACACGAUCGCCAUCAUCUGCCAGGACGUGAUAGUGGUGCUGGCGUUCGACACCCGAGAAAGACUGAUUCAGUGGCAGGUCAAAAUAUCCAACAACCUGGGCGACGACUUGCAAUACCUGGUGCUGGUCUCGUCGGCGCCACCGAAAGCCAAACUGGCGACGGGACCAGCACGAAUGCACAUCCAGGAUCACCGGUUCUGCCUGACGACGGGCGUCCCGCCGCGGUUAACGGGCAUGUGGAACAUCCAGCAUCUCAGACGAUACGGCGUCGUGGACAACCGUUUCUGCUUCGAGGGUGGCUCCAGCUGCGGCAAGGGCGAAGGUCUGUACGUGUUCGUGACGGACAUCGGGGACGAGAUCACGCACACGCUCAAGAUGGCGUCGCAGGGCAAGCUGGCCAGCAAGAAGCGAGCGGCAGCGCGAAAGAUUGCAGCGCUCGACAGCCCGCGAAAGGGCGCGGAGUCCCGGAUGACCAACUACAACGACGAGAUCUGCACGGUGCACUUUGAGAACUCGAACUGCACGUGCCGGACGGCGUACUGGCCGUCGACCGAGUCACGGGAUAUCGACAGUAACUAUGGUUGUGGUGAUACGGCGUCCGUGUCCGAGGGACACGACAGUAUCAACGACAUGGACUCGUUUCCAAGGAGUACCGUGGCAAAUCUGGAGCGCUGCAUGAGCUGCAUCUCCAAGCUGGGAGCGCCCUCGAUGAGCCGCAGCUCGACGGUGACGGGAACGCCCGGUGCGGUAGCCCCGUCCCCGGCGUGGCACACGAUCACCGAGCAGCAGAACAAUCACAUCAACCAGUCGCACAUUUCGAAAACACCAGCCCUGGACCGGAUGAGCCUGUGCUCGCACGGUAGCAGUAACAACUCCGAGUAUUCCAUCCCCCGGCAGCAGAGCUGCGGUCCCCAGGGUCAAGAAUCGUGGUACGAAAAGGUUCCCGCCAGUCAGCUGACCUGCAUGCACAAUCGGUCGACCACCCCCUGUCAGUGUUGUGCACCGGGACGACCCCCAAAACCGAAAGAAAUCCCACUCCACAUAACCGCCCCACUCCAUUCGGCCAUGAUGACCUGCAAGUCCCCCCAAACGAGUCACGUAGGUCCGUACGAAAACUACGACAUCCCGAAACUCCCCGUAGCUAUCGAUGGUGAGGGUGCGGCGGAGAACUACGAUACACCUAAGAAAAUACAAGAGUACCUGGCGAAAGAGGCGGCGAGCGGCAGCAGUUCGAAGGACGUCGGCAACUACGGAAACUACGACACGCCCCUCUCGCUGAACAAGGUCGUCUGUGCGUGUCUCAACGGAGGGGACGAGCAGCCAAAGCGGGAAAAGGAGCUUCCGGAUGGGCCACGAGUCGACUGUACCUGCAACCGGGUAAUGUCCUGGGCCGACAACUGGAUCUCGCUGCCGCUGUGCAAGCGAGGGAACGGAAUUGAGAAUACGGGUGUACAAAUCAACAAGGUUAAGCUAAGCGGGGAGGGAAAGAUGCCGGUGGUAGACGCAAGCAACGAUAACGCCAUAUACGCAACUGUAGAUAUGACCAAGAAGAUCCGAAAGCGGCUCGAGGGAGGAUGUGACUGUGACAAGAAUGAGAGUGAGCAGGACAAGAAGUCGAACUAUGACAACUACGAGGACGUUGAAGUGCUUCCCAGUGAUCAGAAGGCAGCAAACUACAUGAACUUGGAGUUUGAGAAAUCGCUUGAAAACUACGAAAACUCCAAGGAGGUCCUCCAGAGAGCUGGUCUCUCGCUGCAGGACUUUGAAGGAGAUGUCAAAAUCUGCCACAAAUGUGGCCAUCCCAACGCCAAGACCCCCGAAGCGGACAGUUUGAAGGUGGAAACCCAGGAUAAGGCACAGGAGAACUACAUGAUGAUGGAACCGGCACACAACAAGUCCAAGUUCCCCGGCUACAUCCCAAUGUCUCCAGCUGCCCCAGUCACUGUCAUAGAAGCGGAACCACGCCCAGCGUCUCCAACCGCCCCUCCACUUCCCUUCAAGUCCGAUCUCCUGAAACAACGAAUGAGCCGCAUGAUCGGUGAGAAAUCCGCCAGCAACCCAAGUCUCUGCGGACCCGCCGUCGAUCGCAGCCGCAAGCGGAUAGACGACGAGUCGCGAAUUCCAGGAAGUGCCAUGCUGAAAGCAACCACCAGUCCAUACACUCGCAAGCAACUGCUCGAUCACAGUGAUCUCCUGCCAUGUGAUAAGCGGCUCUCGCCCCGAAAGCGAUCCGCGUCCGCCGAAUCUUCCCGCUUCCUCGACGACGGCGGCGAAGAAGCCGAAAGCCCACUCAGCGCGACCGCCUCGCCCAGUACGGAAACGUUGCAGAAUCCAUCUCCCAGCCGUCACUCCGAAAUCCGACGAUCCUCCUCGCCAUGCGUCCACCGUGAGACCGACCUCUGUCCAACGACGGCCAGCGCCGACGCGGAAGAUGACAUCUCGGCCUCCACCAACCCUAGUCAAAACUCCCAGUCCGUGUACAUACGACGAUCCGAAAGUGUACCCUGCAAAGCCGGCAAUCGGGACAGUUCCAGCUCCAACGACUCCGGCGUAUCCACCGGCUCGCUCCGCCAGCGAGGAACUGACUUCACCGAGUUUGAACUCCCGCUUACCACCGCCAUGUCCGCACGGAGGCACCAACGGCACAUACUUCCAGCGCAAAGCUGCGUCCACUCUUCGCUCCCACGAAGAUCCAAAUCGUUUGACCCACUUCGCGAGCUGACAUUCCAGUUCCAGAAGAUCCGCGUCCCCGAGAAGAGCACCUCCGCCGAAGCCGAAGUCCCGAUCUGUCCACCCAAAUCGAAGGCGUACGGCAGUCCGGACAUCAUGGCGACGACCACCGCCCCGUACAUCGACUCGCGCAGCACCAGCAGCGGAACCUCCGACAUGUCCGACUACAUCGAAACGCUGUCGCUGUCCAGCCACAGCUCGUCCGAUACGCCCGAGGGAAUGAGACACAUCCGGCAAGCGACCUCAACCCUACGGCCGCGGUCCGGCAAGGAGUACCAGAACAUCGAUCGGUCCAUCCUGGCGCUCACCCAGCCCGGAGGCGCCGUGGACGGAAAACAUCCCGUCGGAACGCCGUCCCAGCUGCGGGGGUUGCUGCCGUGUUCGGCCAACUACGCCAACAUUACGCCCGUGCCGGAGAACGCCGAGUCGCCCAGUCCGGGCUACCAGAGUGGCAGCUCGCCCCAGGAGGCGCAGGGUCAGCACUUUAUGUUCAAGAACUCAUCCUAGGUUCGUGAGCGUCAACCAACUGGUCACCACAAAUGAAAGCAAUAAAGACUAAAACUUUUUAUACAGUAAGCAUUAUGAAGUAAAAAGAAAAAGUAUAAAAUCAAAAAAACACACAAAUCUCUAUCUAUAUACAGAAUAUACAGAAGUAAGUACAGACAAAACAAUACCACAAGCAACCUGUUUUAUUAGCAAAACAAAAAAAACACAACUCAGAAGAUCCAACAGCAGAAGAAAUCCAACAUCAUUUUCAAGUCAUAAUGGUCGCAGGACAAGACUGAACCGUCAGUCAGUCAGCCGUAAUCACAGAGCAGGCAAAAGCUAAUCAGCAUCCUCAAACGAAACCAAAAACCACCAACCAACCAACCUUCCAUCGUUCCAGCGCAGGAUGUAACGCUCAUUUUCCUCCAUUUUCCUUGUUCCAGCAGCGUCCAAAUAAUUAUUUUUCCGCAUCUGACGAUGUUUGUUCGCGAUGCUUUGAUUGCUUUGUCUUGCCAAUUCAUUGAUUUUUAACCUUUAGGGCAAAUACCCGGCUGCUGCUGCUGCCACGGUCACGUUGGGCCACGUGGGAUUCUGGGGUGGUUUGGGAGGAGGGUAGAGUGGGGUUGUUUAAUCUUUGCACCCACCUUAUUCAAGUACGUACACAAAUACACUUUAAUGUUUAAAAAAGGUAUGAAAAUGUAAAAAAAAAUGGUUCAAACAAAUGAUUUGAAACAUUUGCUAAUUAUCAACAUUUUUAAAAAAUCAAGAAUUUACAAAAAAUAUGAUAUUUUUUUGACAACUGAGUGUACAACUACUCUUCAGACCAAGGAUAUCUCCAGCCGCAGGCAAAGGACACAAGUUCCUCCUCGCCACAUCAGACAGAGCGAAAGCAGUCUGCCCAAAUGUUUGGCCUGUCCUGAAGAGGAGGACACUCCAGCGCCCAGUGGUGGAGAGUCCUCCAGCAGUGGUAAAGGGACGAACGUUAGAAUGCAAACAAAAGAAAAUGAAGGGAAGGCAGGCUUUUCCGGGGCUUUUUUUUCCGGACACACACACGAGGGAAAAAUAGCGAAAAACGGAAAGCAAACACUACUGGGACGAUCAAACCUGCCGGAGGAGUACAUGAUUAUCGGGGGAUUCGGUUUGUUCCUACUCCGUGGGUUUGGGGAGGACAGGGACAGGAGAAAAAAUCAGAAUCUCAGUGCAAAGAUAAUACUGGAUGUGGAGUGAGUAGGGGAGAUUUGCCUUUUUUAUUCAAAUUUUCCAACUAAGUUUGAACAUUUUUUAAAUGUAUUCCAAUUUGUUCAACUGUCUAAAAUGGGUGAAAAAGGUUUGUUUUUUUUUUGUUUCAAAUUAAUUUCAAUUUGAGAAACUUUCCAUCAUGUUUGUCUUUUCCUAUUAAGGCUGGUACAAAUUGUAUUUCAAGUUUUUGUCCACCCCUGUUCAAAGUUUGCCCAAUAAGGGUGCAAUUUUUUUUUCAAGAAAACUUAAAAAUUUCGGUGGAAAUUUAUGUGUAAUCAGCUGAAAUCAAUUUAAAAUGCAUUCCUGCGUUUAGAAUAAUUUUUAGCAUGUUUGGGGUGAUUUUUUCGCUGUUGUUUGUUUUUGUCAAAUCUUAUUUUUUUGAAAACUUAUAAUUGCAAAUAACUGAACUAGUGUUAAAUGCUUUUUAAAACUCUUUUUGCAUUCAAAUGUUAAGACUUGGGCUUGUUAUUCCAAUUAUUAUAUUUUAUUUAUUUUUUUCGAUUAAAGCCAACACAAUUAUUGCUAGUUUUUGUCUCAAAAUUUCCCAAAAUCCGAAAUAAUCACAACAAAAAAGAACAGAAAAUUUCAACUUGCAUUGAAAAAUCUCAAACAACGGACUGUCGACUAUUUAUAUCAUUCAUAACAAAGUUUAUUUUUGUAUUUAUAUUUAAGAGUCCACUACAUGCGAACAUUUUUUGCUUAGACUUUUUUACGGAAAUUGUCAUAACUCUGAAUAGAAAACAGUUAAAGUCCCACUUUUUGUAUUAGGUCCUGUAGAAAUGUUAUGCAAAGUUGACAUGACCUAAACUGAUCUGAUUGAUUCAAUAGUUUCUGCAAAAAGCAAAAAUAACUUAACUUUGGCUAUUUAGCUAUUUGCCCAAGUUUUUUUUUUUGCUUAUUGAAGAUACUAUUGAAACAAUCAGAUCAGUUUAGGUCAUGUUAACUAUUCAAAACAUUUCUACCGGACCUAACAUAAAAAGUGAAACUCUAACUGUUUUCUAUUCAGAGUCAUGACAAUUUCCGUAAAAAAGUCUAACCAAAAAAUGUUCGCGUGAAGUGGACCCUUAAAAAGCUAUUUAAGCUUUUUACAUUUUUGGGCGAACCCUCGUGUCCCUCGACCCUAGUAAUGGUUAAGAAAAAAGUUGAGCCAAAUUCGAAAAUUCUGAAGCAGAAAGUAGCAUAAAUUAAUUGAGGCAGAACUUCAGUUAUGCUACUGCCUAUAGUCAAAAAUUAUAAUUUAUUAAUUAGGCUAUAAAUUGAAUUAUUUUAUUCAAAAUGUAAAAAAAAACACAUUAAAUAUGUUUUUAACUGUUUACAGGUUGCUCUAAAAUAAAUUCAGCCAGCUAAAUUUUCGAUUCUGCUUCUUUUAUUUUUCUGAGAUUAUUGAAUUUUAAUUUGCUAAAAUAAAAAAAUACCAAGCACAUGCAAAACAACAAAUUUACCAAAAGUACAAUAAGUAAUAAAAUUGUGUUUAUUAUCAUGUUUUUAACCAAAAAGGGAAAUUGGAAGAAGUUCAUAAAUUUUUGGCUAAAUAAAAAAAAAAUAGCGGUAGAUUUUAAUCAUUUGAAAACAAAAAGAUAAACCUAUUUUAAUUCAAUUUGUAUAGUGUUAACCAAAUUGAAUAAAAAACCUUUACUCAUGAAUAAAAUAUAAACUUUUUGUAAUUUUCCACACGUUUUAUGAAGUUUUUUCAGCGUAAUUUUAUUAAACUUGACCGCGAUUUUCUAAAUAGAUACAGUAAAACUGCUUCGAGUUUUUUUUCAUUAACUUUGAACUUAACUUUCAUGGCACUUACAACCAAAAAAAAGAAACUUUGCAAUCAAUAAUCUGCCUUUCAUUAACAUUGUUAUGAAUAAUAUUUUUAAAAAUUGGUUCUAAAUUUGUAGUGCAUUUUUAAGAACUAUUUCCAAAAUUCCAGUUAAUAAUUAUGUGUACUACCAGAUUUAUAAAAAAAAAACGGAGUUUAAAUACAACGAGCGACAGUUUCACAAUAGAUUAUAGAGAAUUUUGAGGCAUUUCACGGACUUGAUCAAAUUUCUUGGCCAAUGUAAAAUUUGACAGACAAUACGGCUUCCGCGAAAUCGCGAAGAAUCAUCAGCUUAACUCAUAAUCUUAAAAAAAUAAUUUUGAAUUGAGAAAAUUUUACAAACAAUAUAGAAAGUUUUAUCUUAUGUCAAAUUUGAUAAUUUUUGCAUUAAUAAAAGAUUAUCAUGUAGAAUGUUAUGAUUUUAAAAACACAAAAUUGGUUUUUUGGCCAUUCUACAUUUAGACAGCAAAAUAGAAAGUUAUUAUUAUUAUUAAAUUUCUAAAGAAAUGUGGUUUAAAGGAAAAAUUAGCUGACAUUUUUUUGGGAGACAAAAUAAUUUUCUUGAAGCAACCUUACUUGCAUUAAUGAAAAUUCUUUUAUUUAUCUAUACAGAGUUAUUAAGUUUAAAACCAAGGACAAUCGAGGAUAGGUACUACUCCCCUAAUACGACCAUCACAAGUGAUCAGAUAAUAUUGAUUUCUCAGGUUUUGUUAAUAUCCCCAAACUUUUUGCUUCAUAAUUUCCCUCUAUAUCAUUCUUAUGUUGGCCUUCUUCUUUUUGUUCUAAUGCCCAACUGGUGGUGGCUGCACUGGCUUAAGUCAAUCGAAUGAGAAAAUUUCCCAUUUUUCCAUUUCUAUUUGUCGAAGCAAAACACCAGCGCUGCCAGCUCUUAUUUGCCCGGUGCAAAAUUGAUAAAUCGGCUGCACUGCACUGGAAACUGUUCAGUCCAAUCAACGCGAAUCAUAAUGCUUGGAACAUGCAAGAAGAAAGACAAGGAUAAACUCGUACAAUCUUCAAACAGACACACACACAGGAAAAAAUCAAACAACAACGACUUUUAUUGUUUUCUGUUAACGGGUAGGAAAAGGAACACGUGUGUGAAUGUGUAGAAGUUGAAAAAAUGCAACUUGUGUUUUUUUUGUUCCUCUGUUGUACUGAGCUUUGUUGUGUGAGCAAACAAAUACGAGUAGAAAUCCAAAGGAAGCGCAAAACUUUUUUGUUUUUAUUUUCUCAAGUGCUAGUCGAAGGAAAACUAACGAGAGUCGCGUUUUUCGAAACCGAAUGCAGGAAGUUAUUGUUGUAAAUAUAUUGAUUGAAUGUGGAGGGAGGGAGAGAGAAAAAUAUACAAUUUGUGUAAUAUAAACAAUUGCCAAAAUACCUAUUAUGAAAUAUUUAUUGAUAUACUUAACGAGAACUUAUUAUUGACGCAUAUAAUCCAAAAGAAGAAAAAAAAGCAUCUAGCAUAUAUACCAAAAUGAGAAUCUUUUCGAAAUAUGUAUAUUUAAGACGUACUCGACCGACCUAUAUUUUACAUGUGUACAUAGAAGAGAAGCAAUCAUCCCUUAGAAGCUACUUUCAUCUCACUCAAGCUCACUCACUUACUCUAGAUUUUAACCCUGAGACGAUCCAUUAACUUUCAUCCACACAACAAAAAAAACACUUACUACACUUUCUUCACCUCAUUCUAAUUUAUUCUCAUUACACUGAAACAUCUACCCGAAACUUACUCAAACUUUUAUUGACACACAAAAAUCAUCAAAAAAUAGUGAAAAAAAUAAAUAACCACUAGGCAAAAAGCACACACACACACACACAACCCUAGCAUAAAUCGUUAUUUCGAUAAAUAUAGUUAAAAAGUAAAGAAGAAGAAAGAAAACAGAAAGCAACCACAAGCGAGGACAAAUACUUAAAACAUUCGUUUCUAGCCUUAUCGAAUUAGUUUUUCUACGAGAGAAGAACAUACAAAGCAACGUUUUUUGUGUAAGUGAACAAAAAUAAGCAACAAAAAUGUGGAAGCUAGCACAAAUUUACAAAUACCAAAAACCCAAUCGAACUAGCGAGCGAUAAAAGAAAAUCAUUUUACAAACGUGAAAGUUAUUGGAAAAAAAUCGAACAUUUGUCCCGUUUUUAUUCGUAGCGCUAACUUUUAAAACACGGCAGAAAAAGUCCUUCCCGAAAGAUCCAGCGAUUUUAUAAAAAUAAAAGAGGCAACAACAAAUCAUUAGGGCGAAAUGAGAGCAGCAAGGAACGAGAGAACAAGAGUGAAAUGUGCAUUCUAGGGAUUUUAUUUAUAUUGGGUUUUGUUUGUGUAGAGAGCAGAAAAAAAACUUGUGAAGUAGAAAUAUUUAUAUUUUAUAUGAAAACCAAGGUGAAGCGUUUUGAUUUUGUGACAUAAAAAAAGUGAAGCAAAGAAAAUCUUGUAAAUAAAGCCAUUUCAAGUUAAGCGAUAAAAUUUACCACUUUAUCGGCUUGUCCUGUACAGAAAACGCAAAAAAUCACACACACCCACACACUCAUACAGUCACUAACAUGCACAUUAUGAGAACGCAAUUGGUAUGCGGCAGCGCAGUGAAGAGAAAAAAAAAUGAUGAGAAAAAAUAUGGACAAAAUUACAAACAUAAAACAGGAAAGUUGAUAAAAAGAAGCAAACGUGAGUUGAAUAUACAAAAGAAAAAAAAACUGGAGACGAAACAUGUCCAAAUAAAGCUAUCGAAACUUUCAUAAAAUGUA